GUGAGACCCUGCCUCAAAAUAAAAAAUAAAAAGGGUUGAGGAUGUGGCUCAGUGGUUAAGCCCCUGGGUUUUAUCCCUGGCACCUGAAACAAAACAAAACAAAACAAAACACUGAGGAAACCAAGACUGGAAGGGCAUCUGUUCCCUCUAGCUCUUUCAGCCCAGAGCCCAGGAUGCACCUGAGUCACCUGAGGGUCUUAUGUCCCACGCCACCUGGGUUUGGGCAGGGCUGGGUACUGCCCUGUACUGAGGAGCUGCCCUAGUGGGCACAGCUGGGGACAGACAGUGCCCUCCAGGGUGCUCCUCUGCAGGUAAGGGCAGGGCCAGGCGGUGGAGGAGACCCCUUCCAAGUCCUUGGCAAUGCCGCCACCUGUCACUGGCCCCAAGCCCAGGCCAGUCUGGGAGAGUCAGUGGUCCAGCAGGAGAUAGCAGUUGCCCCCGCAUAUGCUCACAGCCAAGAGCCUGUGGCCUCCUGUUUUUGCCUCCUUACUUGGAAAACUGGGGGUGCUCCCUGACCCGCCUGAAGCUAAGGUCCUGGAGAUGCCACGACCCUUUGCGGUGCUGGGAGGUGGUCAGGGAGAGGACCGAGAGCCUCUUCUAGGCCCGUUAUUGGUUCAGAGUUUCUGAAGGACCCCUCACCCAGGAACAUCACCCUGAGAUGCCUGGGUGUGCAAGAGACAACCCUCUGCUCCUGAAUGUGGUAUCACAGGGUGGUCAGGAGACAGGCCGUCCUGCCGCACUGGCCCUCCUGUGUGUGCGCCAUGGUUCUGGAUGGGCGUCUCCUUGUCAGAACCCCAAGCCCCUGCUCUCUGAGAACCCCACAUACACUCUGCACAGGCCCUCUGUGCAGUGCCUGGGGGACUGGGGCAGGCCCCAAAGGAAGGGGCUGUCUGACUCAGAGUUACAGGAAGAGCCAGGCAGGCGGGGCAGGAGCCACCAAUUGCCCGCCCCGGGGAAGGGGUGGGUGCCUGGGUGGGGUUUAGGGUUAGGAGAGGAUGUGACUGCAAGGCCAGGAAACUACGGGGAAAGUUCUGAUUAAAAUACACAUCAACAAAAGCCGGGUCCUCACCAAGCUCGGUGAUGCAUCCUGGGCAGUUGCAGUACUGUGGACGUUUCCCGGGACCCAGCUGAGGGACAGUGUGCUCCCAGAGCACAUCAAUGACCUCAAUGACUGACUCCCCCUGGGAGGAAAGAGCCAGAACCAGCAGCCUCUGACCUGUCCAGGAACUCUGUCCGACUGGUCACAAGGACAGAGAGGGGUCCUGCUUAGCCCUCAGUGGACCUGUUUUCUUGGUUAAGAAGUCCUGUGGAGCCAGCCUAACCUGAAGAGACCCAGGCCAGAACUAUGGCAGGAGUCUGUGACAAGGCCCCUGACUUCCUCUCCCCAUCUGAAGACCAGCUUCUAGGGCCUGUCCUGGGCAGUACAGUCACUCUGAACUGCACAGCUUGGGUGGUCUCUAGGCCUUCUUGCCCACAGCCUUCAGUUCAGUGGCUAAAAGAUGGGCUUCCAUUGGGCAAUGGAAGUGACUACAGUCUCCAGCAGGACUUCUGGGUCAAGGCGAACUUCUCAAAGAUGCUUGUGUCCAGUGUCCUGGGGGUCAACUUGACCAGUGCUGUGGACUAUGGGGCCUUCACCUGCUCUGUCCGGAAUGUCAGCUCCUUCUCCUUCACUCUCCGGAGAGUUGGCCCGGCAGGCCACGUGGCUGCAGUACUGGCCUCCCUCCUAGUCCUGCUGGCUCUGCUGUUGGCCGUGCUGCUCUAUAUUAAAUGUCGCCUUAAUGUGCUGCUUUGGUACCAAGACAAUUACGGGGAGGUGGAGGUGAACGACGGGAAGCUCUACGACGCCUACGUCUCCUACAGCGACUGCCCUGAGGAUCGCAAGUUCGUGAACUUCAUCCUGAAGCCACAGCUGGAACGGCGUGGCGGCUACAAGCUCUUCCUGGAUGACCGCGACCUCCUGCCGCACGCGGAGCCCUCCGCAGACCUCCUGGUGAACCUGAGCCGCUGCCGCCGCCUCAUCGUGGUGCUUUCAGACGCCUUCCUGGGCCGGGCCUGGUGCAGCCACAGCUUCCGGGAGGGCCUGUGCCGACUGCUGGAGCUCACGCGCAGACCCAUCUUCAUCACCUUUGAGGGCCAGAGGCGCGACCCCGCGCACCCCGCGCUACAUCUGCUGCGGCAGCACCGCCACCUGGUGACCCUGCUGCUCUGGAGGCCUGGCUCUGUGGGGAGUGAUGGUCCUCUAGCCAAGGAUGCAGUCUUCCUGGACCAGUCCACCCUAAUGGGCAGAGCUCUUCCACCGGGUAGAGUGAGGCAGGGACCGCACCCACCCCAUUCAGCCACACAUAAGCCAAGGGCAGCAGUGUCAGCCCUGCUCCGAGGUGGGGCAAGGGGCCUGGGGGAGCACGUGAACCCGAGCAGGCCCCCAGCUGCUGGCUUUGAAGAUGAAAGUGCAGGACCCAGAAAUCCAACUGGAGAAGAUGAGGAAAGACCAGCCUGGUCUCCAGAGGAAGCAGCCCUGUUGAGCCGUGACUUUGGGACCUCCGGUCUCCUGAACCGUGGGAUGAAUUAGUGUCCUUCUGAGCCACCACCUUUGUGCUGACUUGCUACACAGCUGUAGGGAACGCAGUCUCCCAGCUGUGGGUAGGGCACCUGCCUGCUGGAGCUGGCUGAGACACUGAGGGCAGACAGCAGAGAGGAAAGAGUGGCCCUCAGGGGCACUGUCCAGCCUCUGGCCAGUGUCCCCUUGGUGUUCUCCCAGCGGCAGCAGUCGUCAAACAACACCCCACGGCCACUACGGCUUAAGCGGUUUGAGUUCUUUUUCUGGUGCUGGGAUUGAAGCUGGGGCUUCAUGCGUGUGUUCUCUACCAUGGAGCUGGCAACCCAGAGUCCUCACUGACCCAGGCCUCCCCGGGGAGGAUGAGGAAGCACCCACCCACAUCCUGCUUGCACAGGGAAGGGGGAGAGCAGGGGCACAGACUACUCUUUGCCACACACUGUCUGUUCUCGUGGCCAAAGACUGCAGGGUGGGUGUCAGAAGAAAUCGGAACGCCCAGGGCCUGCAUGAAGGGCAAGGGGCAGGGCAGGCAGGGUCAGUGAGGGGCACAGAGGGCAGGCAGUGACUCCCUAGAGCACAAGCCACAGAGGACGAGUCGGAACUAAAAAAAAUAUUUCAUUUCUUUCUGAAUAAAAACUGGGACAGACAGAACUCUUGGA